AUGAAUAACACAAUAAAAGAAAACCCAGGUUACAGUGAAGAUAUCACAGUUCUACCACCACCACCACCUACAUCAAAUCCAAUUGAACUAUCAAACUCAAAUGAAAACCUAUUAAAAGAUGAAAACCAGAAUAAUUUGAAUCAAAAAGAUUCGCCAACUGAAGUUUAUCAAUUAAAUCAUCACGUUGAAAUCAUCGGAGAAAUUAUCAUAAAUAGAUCAGAAAGCGCUAAAGUUUGGAAAUAUGCUAAAUACUUUCCUGGCGGUUAUAAUCCUAAGAGACAAUUACCUUUAAAAGGUAAAAGUUUAAAUACUGCUAUUAAUCUUGUUGCUGGUUUAGCUAUCAUGUUUUAUGGAUUUGAUCAGGGAGUGAUGUCAGGUGUUAACAAUACAGGAGAUUAUCGUAGAUUAAUGGGAGUAGAUAGUUCUCCACAAACUGCAAGAGAUUCGGCAGCCAUUGGAGGGAUUGUUGCUGUUUAUUACAUCGGAACACUAGUAGGCGCCCUAGUAGCUGGGUCGCUAGGUGAUCGAAUCGGAAGGCUGAGAACUAUCGUGUUUGGUUGUUUGUUUGCCGCUGUUGGAGCUUCACUACAGGCAUCUUCUCAAAGUAUCGUUUGGAUGUGUUUGGCACGAGUCAUUACAGGUUUUGGAACUGGUAAUCUUAAUGCUAUCGUACCUGUUUGGACGUCAGAAAUUUGUCAUCAUACGAAUCGAGGAGCAGCUUUAGGUUUUGAAUUCUUUUUGAAUAUUCUUGGAUUGGUAAUUGCCUAUUGGACUGAAUUCGGUCUAAGAAAUGGAAAUCAAAGUUUCAGAUGGAGGUUUCCACUCGCCUUGCAAAUUGUUUUCAUCGUAGGUUUAUUAAUUUUGGUACCCCUUUUCCCAGAAUCACCAAGAUGGUUGGUUAAAGUAGGAGAAGUAGAUAAAGCAAGACAUAUUUUAAACUUGACGCGCUCGAGUGGCACAGGGGAUGUUGAAACCGAAAUUGAACUAGAAUUAGAAGGUAUCAUCGCCGUAGCAGCUAACGAACAACUCAAUGUUUCCAAACCGACAUAUUGGAGUAUGAUUACGAAGCAAGAUAGUCAACAUCUUCGUCGUCGAACUUGGCUUGUCAUUUGGCUCCAAAUCUUACAAGAGUUGGUAGGAAUCGGUGUAGUGACAGUUUACGCUCCUGAUGUCUUUCAACUUGCUGGCUCUGAAGAACUUUUUGCCAACUUAUUGACGUUCUUCCUUCUUUCCAAAAGACUCUCUGGAAUCAAUAACGUAUCUUAUAUGUUCAGUGUUCUAGUAGCAGUCUUCACUUUGGAUAGGAUGGGAAGACGAGUCACAUUAUACUGGGGAGCUAUCGUUAUGGGCUUAGCUCUCUUCCUAGCUGGUAUUUCAACUAGGUAUGCAAUUGAUACAAACGUGCCGACCGAAGUUCGCUCGAGAUGGGGUUCUGUCUUGAUUGCAUGUAUCUUCGUGUACACGGCCACUUUCGGAGCCACUUGGUUGACAGUUCCUUGGUUGUAUCCAACUGAGAUUAUGCCAAAUUCGUGUAGAUCUAAAGGUGGUGCUUGGAGUGUCGUAGGUUGGUCUAUUGGAAAUGGAAUUGUCACGGAAAUCACUCCGUUCUUACUCAAUGCCAUUGGAUUUUGGACUUUUAUCUUAUUUGGCGGACUUUGUAUCUUCACAAUCCCAAAUAUCUACUUCCUUUACCCCGAAACUGCCGGAAGAAGUUUAGAAGAUAUGGACGUCUUAUUUGAAUCAGAUACGAUUUUUGUCCAUAGUAAGACCACAAAAUUCCAUCCUACUGCAAAGAAAGGUGAAAUGACUUUGGAGAUGGUAAAUCCGGAUGGACAUGUACCUUGGGUUUCGAUACCUAUCAAUAAAUCAAAUUGA